AUGUAUACUACAUACAUCUACCAUCUGCAUAAGCAUGAAAGAAAUUCUGGUAACACAAAACACACUAACCGAUUUGAUAAAAAUUUCAAAAGCAAUUUAUUCAAAAGGUUCCUGAGCUUCGGUGGAGGCGGCGUUGCUGGCGGUUCAAGCGGUAACACCGGUAAUGCGGCAGCAGGCGGUGGUUCCGGCAAUUUCCUCUUCGAUAUCAUACGCUUGUUCUCGGGCAGCGUACAGACACAGACUGGUGAUGAAGCGGCCAACGGCGCUAAUAGCGUAGGAGGCGGCGGUGACUCAGAUGGUGAUAGUGAUGCGAAUCGUGCGGCUGAUGGCUUUACGGAAGGUAUUCCCGGACCGGUAACACGAUUGGUGGUGCUGGCGAACAGAGGCUUGGCCAAUCUGAUACAGGAUUUGAUAUUGCGCAUUGCGGCAACCAGCGAAAAAUUCGUCAACUUCAAAGCCAAACUGAUUACGGCGCUGAUCUAAGUACGGUCGCGACCUCAACUAUCUACAGCUGUCUUCAUCUCACACAUACUGCCUUUCAACAAUAAAAUUUAAAUACUCUAAUUGCAUUUACAGACAUAUUUGCAUGCAUGUGUACACCGCGAGAAAUUACCAUAGCAAAAUCAUAAAAAGUUGAAAGUGAAAUUUUCAUGAAAACCAUUAAAAGGCAGCAGGAGUAGUAAAAGCAUAUUUAUUUAGUAACAAAAAAAGACAUGUAGAAAAUGCAAAAUUAUCCAUACACACAAACUUUGAAAGCUACAUAAAUCACUCUCUUAUAACAAGUAAGCUGAAAUGAGUACCAUAAUAUUCCGAAAUUUCAUACACCAUCAGCAAUGUGAGUUGAGUUACUGCUAAUUGUAUUUAUUGUUAAGUGCUUUUAACGUUGUUGUCACAAAAAUUUAAUGCAAUGUAUGUAUGUACAUAUAAAAUGAAUGAAUUCACAAAGAAUGGGACACCAGAUUUUCUAAGCGAAGAUGCUGCGAUGCGUUGUUGAGCGACGCACCACUGCAUCCUCGAUAACAACCUGAAUGAAAUGAUUAACUUGUACGCUAACUAAUUGACUAUCAAUCAGAUUCUGCAGAAAAUUUUAAAUUCGUGCGCUCAUCACCAACCGAGUAAAUAGCAUUUGUCAUCGUUUUCACACCACACUAGUUAUAUGAUAGCGUACUUUUCUAUCGAUGGUACUUUUCUAUCGAUUAUCAGUAACUGAAGACGUAGUCAAUCAUCUCAUUACUACUUGUACAUACAUCGAUAACUGUUGUUUAAACUACAUUUAAAAAACUACACUAAAACACAACUCUACAGCUAUUUUAUGUAUAUACAUAUUUCUUCCUAAAUAUUUCGUUUUUUUUUUUUUUAAAUACAUUUGUUUAAAAACAAAGCUUUUAGUGACUGUGGUGUUUUAUAAACUAUGUACUUAAUAAUUAUUGUACUUUUUUUUUAUUAAGGUUAAAAUUUUUAGAAUCGAAUAACGCGAUACUUGUCAAAAUUCUUGCUCGAUAGUUGUUGUUAAAUUUUAUUUGGCUAAUUACAAAAACAAACAAAAAACGAUAUUUACUUAAUAGAAUGCAACAGCGAAAGAAAAAAGUUUUUUAAAACAAUAUUGUCAAUAAAUUAAAUUAAGUUAAACGAGAUCAAUAUGAAACUUAGUUUAAGUAUUUUUGUUUACUUUUAUGGAUUCCUUAUUUACACAUUUUUUUGUUUUUAUUUGUAAACGAUUUUUAUACAUAUAUUAUAUUUUUUUAACGUAACGGUUAUCGUUCUGAUAUGAGCUACUUACUCGUCAAAUCAAAAAC